AUGAGCGAGAAAACCUAUCCGGAAGUAAGGAAGAAACGGGGCUGGCUCUGGUUCUGGGGGAUAUUGAUCAUCCUGUGCAUCAUCGCGCUCGCGGUCAUCAUCCCCGUCUACUUCCUGCUCAUCAAGCCGCACCAGAAUUCGAGCUCUGGGUCGACCGCGAGCGAUUCCGGCACCGGGGGGACUAGCGGGAAUAACGGCAGUACCGGCGGGAACGGGAAUGGUGGUGGGAACGGCGCCACCCCCGCGCCGGCGUUCACGGGCGCGAUCACCGGCGGCGAUGGGAGCACGGUCACCCGCGACGAUGGGAGUACGUUUGUCUACACGAACGCGUUCGGCGGGACGUGGUACUUUGAUCCUUCGAACCCCUUUGUCGGCGGGGCACAGGCCAACGAAUGGACCCCGAGGCUGAACGAGACCUGGAGAUGGGGAGUUGACCAAAUUCGCGGCGUGAACCUGGGAGGAUGGCUCGUCACGGAGCCGUUCAUCGUACCGGCGCUGUAUGAGCCAUAUCAGACUGGAGACUUCGCCCCGCCUUACAACGCUGUAGACGAGUGGACACUUACGGUCGCUAUGAACAAAACAGGGAACGCGACCGCCAUGCUGGACGCGCAUUACAGCACUUUCAUUACGGAAGACGACUUUGCCGCUAUCGCCGCUGCGGGGCUUAACUGGGUGCGCAUUCCCAUACCCUACUGGGCGAUCGAGGUCUACCCCGGGGAGCCCUUCGUCCCGCAUCUCGCAUGGCAGUAUUUCCUCAAAGCCAUCCAAUGGGCACGCAAGUACGGGCUGCGAAUCAACAUGGAUCUGCACACUAUCCCCGGCUCCCAGAACGGGUGGAACCAUUCUGGCAAACUGGGGCCAGUCAACUUCCUCUUCGGCGUCAUGGGCAUCGCAAAUGCCCAGCGCGCACUAGCAUAUAUCCGCACCUUGGCAGAGUUCGUCUCCCAGCCCGAGUACUCCCAGGUCGUACAGUACUUCGGCGUCGUGAACGAGGCUUUGGUAGACACGAUCGGCCAGCCGCAGAUGCAGACUUUCUACCUCGAAGCAUACACCAUGAUCCGGAACAUCACCGGUCUGGGGCAGGGGAACGGCCCGUUCAUAGGCAUCCACGACGGGUUCAUCGGUAUGCAGCAAUGGGCCAGUUUCCUCCAAGGCUCGGACAGGAUCGCCAUGGACACUCAUCCAUACAAUGCAUUCAACGACGCGAGCAACGCCCCUCUGUCCAGCUACAUCCCGAGCCCGUGCACGGGCUGGGGUCCCGCGUUGAAUCAGAGCAUGGACCAGUUCGGGUUCUCCCAUGCUGGGGAAUGGAGUGCUGCUGUAAACGAUUGUGGGAAAUGGGUGAACGGGGUUGGCCUUGGCACGCGGUAUGAAGGCACGUAUCCGGGCACGACGACUGUCAUUGGGAGUUGUGACCAGUGGACAGAGUACGGCAGCUGGUCGCCGACCACUAUCCAGCAGACCAAGGAAGUAGUCAUGGCGAGCAUGGACGCGCUCCAGCACUGGUUCUUCUGGACCUGGAAGAUCGGCAACUCCUCCGUAACGGGCAACAUCGAGUCCCCCUCAUGGUCCUACAGCCUCGGGCUUCAGCACGGCUGGAUCCCUCUCGACCCGAGGGACGCGGUCGACUUCUGCGCCCUCUCGGCAGACGUGUCGAUGCCUUCCCCGACUGCGGGACUCCAGAGCUGGCAAACGGGCGGUGUGGGUGCGGGGACGAUCGCUGCUGACCAGCUGGCGAGCUUCUCUCACUGGCCAAUAAUAUCAAUGAACUCUGCCGCGGGGCUGUCUUACCUCCCCCCGGCCUCUGUCGCCCUCCUCCCACAGUACGUCCCUACGGGAGGAGUGAUCACCCUCCCCGGACCGACGUUUACCACACCUUCGAGCACGCAAACUGCUGAUGCCGGGAACGGCUGGGCAAAUGCAGACGAUACAGCGGGGUACUAUGUGCCUAUUGUCGGGUGUGCGUACCCGAAUCCUUGGGAUGCGGAGAGCGCGACUAUCCCCCCGACGGCACAGUGCCAGCCUACGGGCGUGACGAGGCGCGGCCUGGAGAUGGACGUGGGGGAGAGGGCGGUGCCUACUCCGCCGCCUAUGAUCAGAUCCGCGUGA